GUCGGUCCUAAGCAGGAGCCGCCGUUGCCGGGUGCGCCCUCGCCCAGCCAUGCGGGCCGCGGGCGCGCCUCUCGCCCGCACCUCGCGGCUGCUGCUUCUGCUACUGCUGGAGGUUUCCGCUUCUCCUGUCCUCGGGUCCGCCCCUGCGCCCGGGAACGAAAAUUGUCUGGGGGAAAGCUGUUCACCUACACUGAUCCAGCGUCGCAGCAGGGACGCUUGGGGACCGCGAAAUUCUGCAGGAGACCUUCUGCCAACCCGUGCGCCCAGGGAGGAGGAGCUGGAGGCAGCGGUGCGCUUGGCGCCUUCAUGGGACCCACCCGCGUCCCGCGGCGGUGACCCAGGUGCGGGCGGAGGGGCGGAGGCGUCGGCAGCGGAGCCCUCGGGACCUCCAGCCAGACCACCUGGCGCCUGGAGGUGGAAAGGUGCCCGGGGUCAGAAGCCCCCGGGUACUCUGGGGAGAGGGAACCCCACGGCUCUCCAACUCUUCCUUCACACCUCAGAGGAGAAGGAGAAGGGUCCCAGAGGCGCUGGCAUUUCUGGGCGCAGUCAGGAGCAGAGUGUGAGGAAGGAACCCGGAGCCAGCGACCUUUAUUAUUGGCCAAGGAGAGCCGGGAAACUCCAGGGUUCCCACCACGACCCCCAACCCAAGACGGUCAAUGGACCGUCGGGGCACGAAGGGCGGACGAUUGCACCCCCUGGCAGGGCGCUGGCUCUGAAUGGGUCCUCCCUUGAAGGAGUUCACGAACGCGGGGGUCCUCGGCGGGGGAACAGCACGAACCCGCGCUUGCGACUGAAGAACCCUUUCUACCCACUGAGCCAGGAGUCAUACGGAGCCUAUGCGGUCAUGUGUUUGUCGGUGGUGAUCUUCGGGACCGGCAUCAUAGGCAACCUGGCGGUGAUGUGCAUCGUGUGUCACAACUACUACAUGCGGAGCAUCUCCAACUCCCUCUUGGCCAACCUGGCCUUCUGGGACUUUCUCAUCAUCUUCUUCUGCCUUCCGCUCGUCAUCUUUCACGAGCUGACCAAGAAGUGGCUGCUGGAGGACUUCUCCUGCAAGGUCGUGCCCUAUGUAGAGGCUGCUUCUCUCGGAGUUACUACGUUCACCUUAUGUGCUCUGUGUAUAGACCGCUUCCGUGCGGCCACCAACGUCCAGAUGUACUACGAAAUGAUAGAAAACUGUUCCUCCACAACCGCCAAACUUGCCGUUAUAUGGGUGGGUGCUCUCCUGUUGGCACUGCCGGAAGUGGCGCUCCGCCAGCUGAGCAAGGAGGACCCGGGCUUCAGCGGGCGCGCCCCCGCGGAACGCUGCGUCAUCAAGAUCUCCCCGGAUCUCCCCGACACCAUCUAUGUUCUAGCGCUCACCUACGACAGCGCCAGACUCUGGUGGUACUUCGGCUGUUACUUCUGUUUGCCCACACUUUUCACCAUCACCUGCUCUUUAGUGACUGCAAGGAAAAUCCGCAAAGCCGAGAAAGCCUGUACCCGGGGGAAUAAGCGGCAGAUUCAGCUAGAAAGCCAGAUGAACUGUACAGUCGUGGCUUUGACCAUUUUAUAUGGAUUUUGCAUUAUUCCUGAAAAUAUCUGCAACAUUGUUACUGCUUACAUGGCUACAGGGGUUUCCCAGCAGACAAUGGACCUUCUUAACAUCAUCAGCCAGUUCCUUUUGUUCUUUAAGUCCUGUGUGACCCCUGUCCUACUUUUCUGUCUCUGCAAACCCUUCAGCCGGGCCUUUAUGGAGUGCUGCUGCUGCUGUUGUGAUGACUGCAUCCAGAAGUCUUCCACGGUGACCAGUGACGACAAUGACAACGAAUACACCACAGAACUGGAGCUGUCACCUUUCAGUACCAUACGCCGGGAUAUGUCCACGUUCGCGUCCGUUGGAACUCAUUGCUGAAGCACAGCCUUUGGUUUGCUUAGGUUUCUUUAUUUGUUUCAUUUUCAUAUCCUGUGAAAGUUUUUACUUCGUAUUUUUCCUUAGUGGGAAAACAUGCAAAAAAGGAGAGAAAUAUUAACUACUGUAGAACUGAUUUUGCAAAUUAAUAUCUGUGCUUCGAAAAAAAAAAAAGUUUAUAUUUAGUUAUU